AUCAUCUUUCGCAGCAUAGUCAUAUACCAUAUCGAGUCUACUCAGCACAUCACCAAUUUGUACCUUUAGAGCAAUGGCAUCAAGCGACUCAUCAUCGAAAUGGAAGCUCUUCAAGACCAUCAUCCCAGCAUAGCGCCUGAAGACCAUCUCACCACCCAUGGGCAACUACACCAAGAGAUGCCCAGCACCGAAGGAUCCAACUAUCACCUCCAACUCCACUCGGCCCUUCACCAGGAUACUACAUUCCGAAUAUCCUAGUCUUGUAACCUCAAUCCGACCUACGUCCCCCAAUGAUCAAACCUAUAUAAAGCGCCCUUCAAUCCUCUUAUUCCCAUCACCAGCAUCACAGACUCACCAGCUCACAACCCAACGAACUCCAACCCACAACCCACAACUCAUCAAAAUGCAACUCUUCACCUACCUCCCUCUCGUCCUCAGCCUAAGCACCCCCGCCCUCUCAGCUUCUUGGGGUAUCAAGGCCUGGCACAGCGACAACUGCAGUGGCUCCCUGCUGACACACAUCGAGAACUCCCCCAAGACGGGGUGCUUCAACUUCGACAAGAAAGAGGGGUACGGGAUCCGCUCGGUCAACGGAAACUUCAACAGCAAGGACUACCACAUCACGAUCUACCCCAAGGAGAACUGCAAGGGAACGGCGGCGUGGUCCGGCAAGAGCAUCAGUCCCCACAAGUGCGAGGUGUUCAAGGAGUGGACCUCGAAGGUCGUCAUGUACUCGUACAAGGUCACUGCUGCUUAGGCUUUUGUCAGGGGGAUUGGACGGGGACCGGGAUGUCGCUGCGCCUUUGGCUUCAUCAUACAUAUGAAUCUUCAUGGUGCAGGAUUUUUGAGCGAAUUAUAUGUACUUACUCUCCCCCUUUCCAUAAUCGCAGAGAGCAACUAUGCAUGCCAUUAGCGCUUUUCUUCCUGUAUGAGUGCAUGCAUAAGACUUUUCGCGAGCAAAUGCACUGUAUUCCCGAAGAUUGAGAGUGCAACCCUAAAGAUUGAGACAACUAGCAUAGAGCUACCUCUUUCCAUCCAACUGAAGCCUGU